CCGUCGGUCCGCCAGAUCGCGAGCGAGCGAGAGGGAGAGAGACGAGGGAGAAAUGAGUGCGGCGGUGGGCGGGCUGCGGCGCCUGCUGGCGGCGGCGGCGACGGCGGGGGCCGCGGAGGCGCGGGCGGCCAUCUUCGGCCACGCGCUGAACCCGACGGGAAAGCGCGCGGCCACGAAGCUGCUGCGGAAGAAGAUGGUUGGGGACCAGGUGGCGCAGUGGUACCCCUACGACAUCAAGCGCGACGACCCGCUCGUCAUGGCGCGCGAGGAGAAGGAGCGUCUGUCCAAGCUGGAAAUGCUGAAGCGUCGUGGCAAGGGUCCGCCGAAGAAGGGCCAGGGAAGACGUGCGGUCAAGAGAAGCAAAUAAUCGCCACACUGAUGCCCAGUUCUGUUUUCUGGCGUUUGCCUUGUUUGCAUACUGCAAUGUUUUCUUGGGUGACGAUAGAUGAAGAAACCCUCACUGUUUGCUCAAACAAGUUUAGUCUACGACUGAUUUUCAAUGAAAUCGCGUUCCCCGUUUGAAGCAUGAUGCUUCCAA